GUGCUACGAUGGUUGGACCUCCGAGCGUGUGGAGGUGACUGUGCCAGUGGCAACGCUGGGCCCGGCAGACAAGGAGCACUGCUAUGCGGAGACCGGGCGCCUUACAAGGCUGCAGGCCGACGACAAGCCGGGGCCAGGGGCCUACGAAACCUCAGAGCUCCUGCCAGGACCUUCUGCCCUCAUAGGGCCGGAGCCCCUUCCCAAAGAGGAGAAGGCCACACCGGGUCCGGCCAGCUACGACCUGCGCCAGUCCCAGGCCCACAUCUACCCGCGAGGCUUUGCGGCCGACCUCGGUGCUGCCCGAGAGGAUCCGACACAGCGGGAUCCAGAAAUCGCGGCCUUCGGAGUUGCCUGCUACGGACCCCUGGAGCCGCAGUGGGAGGUCACUCGAGCACGGAGCCCCUCCGCGACGAUCCCUCCGGAGGAGAGCUACGAGGUCCUCCGGGCACAGGCCUUGAUGCGCGGCCGGGCGCCAGCUUCGGGCACAGGCUUCUGCGUGGGACCGGGCGCGUACGAUGCCCUGAGUGCACCGCUGCUGCGUCCAGACCGGGCAGUCCUUCACUGGCGGCCACUUCGCAGCGGUCUCCCGGAGCACUUGCAAGCGCUGUUCCGGCUCCGCCCGGACUCACGGCCCCUGCUGGAUGUGGAGGCAGACCUGCUGCUGCGCCGGAGACAUGCUGCACCGAUCAUCCUCCCGCUGCCCAAGCCACGGCUGCGACGGAGUUGGUCUGCAGGAGAUAUCUGGCGCUUCUACCUACCGGAGCUGGACCCUCCCAUGGGGCUCGCCAACUUCGCCCGGAACUUGGACUUCGACGACUGGCAGGAGCACGCCCGAAGAAGGGAGGAGCUCGAGGCGAGGCAUGCCCGACACCUCUGGCCGAGCUUGCGCUUGUCCUACUCCCUCCCGGACCUGCGCAUCACCCAUGAACGGGCGCCCGAAGCAGAUUUCGGCCUGGCGCAGGGACGAGACUCCGGCAAAUUAGAUGAGGACGAAGAUGUGGAGGGAGAUGUGCUUCUGCUCUCGCUGGAGGCUGAGCGGCAUCUGCUGCAUCCCAGAGCUCACGGCUUUGUGGACAUGGACCGGCAGCUGGGCAGGACUGAUGGAUUGAGUGAGGAGGUGGACGACUUCGAGGAGUUGAUCCUGUCGCCAAAACGCCUUGCAGAGCACAUUCCCUGCUUCGUGGACAUGGCAAGAGACACGGGACGUCCGGCAGAGCCCGAGAUGGAUCCGCACAUCUGGGCCGAGGAUCAGCACGAGAGGGUGUUCUGCUACAAGCCGCUGGUGGGCGCUGCUGGCGAGGAUGAAGAGUUGGAUUUGCCGAUGAAGUGCUUGCCACCUGGGCCGUGCACCGACUUCGGCCGCCCGGUAGGCCGCCCGGGCCUGGAUCCGCGCGCACUGGAAGAGCCCGUGGAGGACGAG